CCAGACUACUCCUCAAGAGGCUCUGUAUACGUAUAUAUACGCUCGUUGAAUCAUUGGCGCUGGAACUGCCCUGCGCCAAUCGAUAUGACUUGGCAAAGCUAUGCCAUCGCAGGUGCAUCAUUUACUCUUGUUGCUUAUCUUCUCCUGAUCAAUUCGCUCUUUCAAACCCCGGGAUCUGGUGUCUUUCGCAAAGCAGACCUCUUUCCUAUCGAUAUUGGCUACAAAGGACCAACAGCAACUGGUCUACCAGCCUCACUGCGUCAAACAAGCCCAAAGAAUGGCCAAAUGGGACCUUUUGUAUCUCGCUACAAAGUAGAAGGCCAGGCUGAAAACGAAACCAUUGAGCACUACUGGGGGUCCCUCUCACCCUACUUUGUUUCUGAUGAAGGCUUUGGCCACGAAGAGCGCGCCUUACCCGAUCAAUGCAAGAUUAAGCAAGCUCAGAUUCUCAGUCGACAUGGAUCUCGCUACCCUACCGCAGGAUCCUGGCUCAAGAAGGACUUUGCAGAGAAGCUCAAGCAUGCCAAAUUUGAAGCCUCUGGACCGCUGGCAAUGCUAAACGACUGGCAAUAUACACUUGGGGAGGCCAUUCUGGUGCCUAUUGGCAAGCAGCAGUUGUACGAUUCUGGCGUGUUGGCUGCGAUGCAGUACGGCAACUUGCUCUUUGCCUCUAACAAAAAACUUGUCUUCCGUACCACAUCUCAAGCUCGCAUGACAGAAUCUGCACUGGCUUUCCUUGAAGGCGCUUAUGGCGGUGGCGCGUGGAAAGAUCAUGUCAAUCUCGAGCUGAUUAUUGAAUGGCCAAGCUUCAACAACACACUCGCUCCUUACUACAAUUGCCCAAAGAGUGUCACAGAUACCACAGGCACUCGGAAUCGACGCAAGUGGGAGGAAAUCUACCUUGCCAACCGCACAGAAUAUCUUUCACAGUACAUCAAGGGUAUUGCGUGGACCCUGGCAGAUACAGUCGCUCUCCAGACUCUUUGCGCCUACGAGACCAACGCACUUGGUUACUCGGACUUUUGCGAAUUGUUCACCAUGCAAGAGUUUCGGGAUUUCGACUAUGGCGAGUCUAUCUGGUUUCAACAGAGCACCGGUUUCGGCGCUGCUACGGGACGAGCGCAAGGUAUUGGCUGGGUCAAUGAGAUGCUCAGGCGAAUCGAAAAGUCUCCACUAGAUCUCACGACGUUGAGUUCGGAAAACACGACGCUGGAUGGCAGCAAGGUGUUCUUCCCGAUCGAUCAAGCAAUCUACGUUGACUUUACGCAUGAUUCUGUCAUCGCUGCAGUCUUGACGGCCCUUGACUUUGAACAAUUCAGCGCAUGGCUGCCGUCAACGGGACCACAGGAUAGCAACGAACGCUGGUCCACCUCUAGGCUGACACCUUUUGCUGCACGCCUUGUUGUCGAGCUCAUUGAAUGCGAUGAUGGCGAAUACAUCCAUUUUAUGCUGAAUGGUCAAACCGUAUCACUCAAGCAAGACAAGUAUGGCAAAGGCCGUUCGGAGGGUGAUGGUUGGCAUCGGCUGGCCAGCUACCUGGAGGGCAUGUCUGAUCGCAACAAGCGCGCAGAUUGGCAGCGUGCUUGUUAUGAAGAUUCUCCAGUGCGUGAACGGACUGACGGUGAGCCAUAAGGUCUUGCAAAAGAACAGACGCAUUGUAGGAUCAUAGAAGGAGUUGCGUUUGCGUGUUCAACAAAACAACGGAAAAGGCUUGUCACUCGCCACAACUCGAGAGACUGCUGCUAUUAUUUGAGGUGUGCAAACAUUUCUGUAUCUUCCCAAUAAGUACAACCUUGCAAACCAAUUUUGCUAGGUCUCUGCCGCAUUGAGAUCAUUUUGUCUUGCGCAGGAGCAAGAUGCAAAUCUCCGAUUGGUGCGGACACUGGGUUUGCUGAAAUGGUAUUGCGCCUGCAAAUACACAAUUUCUCAG